AUGCUUCCUUUCAUUGAAAGCAUAGAAGGAUGUGAAGAAUAUAUUGCAAAAUAUAUGGAAGGAAGUGAGUUACACGUAAUUUUAGUUUUUCUCUAAUUAAAAUCAUUUUUAGGACAAUUACGGCUGACGGAUAAACGACAAGUUCGACAAACUGCAAGACAUGAAAAGCGAUUGGAAAGCGCUAUUGAAGAAUCAAAAAACAAGAAUAAACUGCUGAAAUAUCGAAUCAGCCAAGAAAAUUAUUCAAAAUGCGACAAUAAAUUCACGAAUAAUCUUCAUUUUUUCAAUGGAAAUGGAAGUCGAUUAGGAGAAUUGCCUCGAAAACCAUUUUAUGCCUUUGACUUCGCUGAAAAUGUAAGGAAACUUCUCACUUGAAAAUAUGAAAAUAAAAAAUCUUGCAGACUUCUCUGAAUCGCACGGAAUUCACCGAACAUUUGCAAAACCUCCAAACAAAUCAAUCAAAUGUGACUGAAAAAUGGUUGAAUUCUGUAAAUCAACAAAAUGGAAGAAGAUUUAGAAGUAAUUCAGCACCCAAUAUUAGAUAUCCAAGUUUGAAAAUUCGCGAAGAAAAUGAUCGAUUUUCAAUGGGUCGAAGUGAAUGGUGUAAAAGUUGUCAUGAAAUUUACAAUAUCGAUGAGAAUUUUGAAAUUCCUUCAAGAUUGAGGACGGUUGCAUUUUCGCGUUGGUUGACAAUUUCAUUCGAAUCGCUGAGUGAUCAAAUUGAGCCAAGAGUUUGUUUUUUUAUCGACUUCUUUCACUCGGACUUCUAGAAAUUGCAAAGCUUAAAUCUUAACUUUUUUUUCCAGAAUCUUCGAGUUGGAUGUCAACCUAUAAUUUCAAUAUUAUUUUCGACCAUCGACAAUUAUUUGUAUGCACUUCUCCCAACAUCCCCAGAAUAUGUUAGACAAUUCAGCAAAUAUUGGGAACGUCAAUUGAAAAUUUUCAAUGUGAAACCAAAUCAACAGCGAGAUCAAUGGCAAAAGAAGAAUUGCAUCAUAUUUUUGGAGGAAUUUGAGGAAGACGGCACACAAUUUCGAAGAGCACGUCACAUUUUUCAUCUAGAUGGUGAAAAAGAAGACUGGUUUAUUGAAAUGGACACGGGAAAAUUGAGAUGUUUGAAGAAUGCGGGCCCAAAUAAUGUGAUGCGAAUGUCAGUCAAAUUUUGCGAUGAACCUUGUAAUAUUCUUGAAUGCCGAUUUGAUGAAAAAUUGAAAAUUGGAGAAUUUCAAUUUCCGCGUGAAAUUGACAAAAUUCGAAAAGAUGGACGAUUUCGAAUUGUUGGAUUUGAUCGAAUGAAAUUGAGUUUUUCAUCACGCCAUAUUUUCUCAGCAAAAAAACCAAUCAUCAAAACUGCUAUCGUAAGUUUUCCUCAUAUGAGUUUUCAACAAAAGAAAAUCGAUUUCUUUCAGAUUGAGCCAAUUCCAUCGCCACCUGCUCAUUCAAUGACUACUGUAUUUUGCGAUAAUUCGAGUUGUAUGGGAUGUAACACUUUGAGUGCAUUCAACAAUCGGAUUUAA